AUGCGAAGGUAUACCGAUUCAGAGCGCUCUGCAGCGCUCCUACUGUUGAGUGUGUGGGCGAGGCUACCAUGUCCCGCCUACGUAUUCGCGAACGAAUCGAGCGCAAAUAGCGUGCUUCGGUCAUGCUUCGAUGCCGUAAUCUAUUCGAAGUCUACACCGAUAUAUGGUUCGUGUACAACAUCGCUUUCAUCUACGCGAUGGCCCGUCCGUCUGGAACUCGACGACACGCCCACGAGUAUCGCACGUAGGGACGUGACAGCAUUCUUCAGCCCACAGGACUGCGUCAACUUUCUACGUUUCACGCAAUCGCAAGUGAGUUAUGCUAUUGCUGGAUCUGCUGUUGAUCCCCGCGUACGUCCGAACUGUGGGUUCGUGGUAAGAGGACGGGAAGCUCUGUGCGUGCUCCUGUAUCGGCUCGCUUUCCCAUGCCGCCUGAAGGACAUGCGCUUGGUUUUCGGGAUGAGCGAAUCGUGUAUCUGCGAAGCCUUCAACUGGAUGUUGCAUUUUCUAGACUUCAGGUGGGAGUAUCUGCUGUCCCUCUGUUGGUGA